AUGCCUGUUCAUGUGCAGGAACAAAUAAAUCAUUUUCUUUUUAAUUUUUACCAAGGGCGCAAAUUUUUUACAUGCAUCGAGUUGGAGAAUUUAAAUAACUUGUUAACAUUACUCAUAAGGAAUUUUAAGGAGCAUACGAAUGACAAAUUUUGUUCGCAGAUUUUGUUGUUCCAUUUUAGGAAUGCGUCUGCUUCAUUCGUGAAGGCUAAGAGAGCCGAGGAUGGGCUAUACGUGAAGCAGGUCAGGCGGUACUUUCUCUGCCUGCACGAGUUGGUCAGGAAUUUGAGGGAGAGGCAGCAGGGGGGUGAGCGGCCAACAGGGGGGCUGCCGAGUGGCAGCUCAGAAGAGGACCCCCAUUUGGUGGUGUCCAUAGUGAAAUACGUGAAUUUGUUCCUGGUGUCCGCGCUGAGGCUGGUGGAGAGGAACUGCUUGGCACGCUUCUACUGUACGAUCAUAUCUGAUGGGAGGGUUGCCGAAAUGUUAGCCAAUGCAUAUGGGCAAAAUGAGCAAGCCGACGAGGACAUCAUCCACAGUUUCGUUUUACUAGCGGAGCGAAAAGAAUUUGAUAAAGACAUCAUAAAAUGCGGAAUCAUGAAGAAGAUUACCACGUCGGAGGCACUACUCCAGAGGGGUGUCUCUUGUAAAAGCAGCUUCCUCAUUCAGGUGGUAAUAAAAAUAGCUAUUCGCAAUUUGAAACAGAUCAGCGUGUAUACCUCCAAGAGUGACCUCCAAUUUGUUAACUCUUUAGUAGAAAUAGUGCACCAUAAAAUUACAAAAGGAGAGUUCGAUCUGUCUUGUGCUGACUUGUUAAGGUUAUUUUCGUACAUCAUAGAGGGGGGAAGGAGUUCCGCUGAUUCUCCUACAUUUGGUCAUCGCACAGGAGAUAUGUCUGAUGAAAAAAAAAUGCUGCACCUGCUAUGCUUCGAUAUCGUUAACGCGAUAAGUAGCUGCCAUUGCGCGUCCACCACGGGGAAGAAAAAAAUUGCAGAAAAGAUGAUACCCCUCGUGAGUCGCAUCAAUAGUAACGAGAAGGAUGCAGAAGGGCAGGACAAUUAUCUGUACCUCAAACAUGUGGAGGCUUUAUUUUGCCUGUGUUUACAUAAUGAAGACGUGUGCAGGGAAUUCUUUACGGAGGAGUUUGUCAAGCUUGUGGAAGAGCUAUACCUUCAAAUUGAUCAGCGUGAGAAAAUUGAAAAUGUAAAGAAGAAGGAAGAAGGUGAUUUAUUGAAGCUAUACUAUUUUGGCAUUCUCUACACGUUCGCGCAAAUGAGCGUACAUAAUGAGAAGAAGAGGGAGAAAAAGAAGAAGAUUUUCCUCCCUUUCGUUAAUUACGUAAUAGUGAACGAGUUGCAAAAAAAAAAAUUCCUUCUCGAGAACCACGUCUACUGCUUGCUCUUUUUGCGCUUUUUAAAUAUGUCUCUGUUGAACAAUUUAUAUGAUUUUAAAAAAUUCGCCCAAGGAGUUUCCCUGGUGCAUUUCCUCAAAGUAGCAUUAAAUGUUCUCCUACAGUGGGUGGAAAGAGAUCCCUGCUUGAAGUUAAUCAAAACGCACUUGAAGACAAAUAAACAGAUAUUCCACAUUUUGCUAGAAAUUUGGGUACUCGUCCAGGCCGAAAUGGCAGGGGAGAAGAAGGAUGCGUUGGCAGCGUCUUCAAAAUGGGAGAACGUUCUGUACACAAUACAUCACAUAUUUAAAAGACUAACAAAUGGGUUUACCAAAUAUUUGAGUUACUUUUCGGAACACGAGGACCUCCUUAGCAAUUUCAAAAGAGUGAUGACUUUCGAAGAGAAAUCCGUUUUGGAAAUAUAUUCCCAAAUGUGUGCGGAUGUUGAAGCAAACCGGUUGGAAAUUCUCGAGAAGGACAAAAACUACCUUAACGGCAAGGCAAAAUCGUGCGCUGAGAAAAUAGAACAAAUGGAAAAAAGGCUCCAGGUUACGACGGAGGAGAGUUAUCGGAAAAAUGUCGACGAAUUGGAGAAUUAUUACAACUACGUUCGGGCGGGGGGUGAAUUAUAA